AUGCGAUGCGCGAGCAAGGCCGCCGAGAGCGCGUCUGCACGUCUCUGUGCGGACGCCGAAGCAGAAACUACAGCAACUGAUAUCCCAUCGGUUGCUGAAUCGACUCAGCCUGUAUCACCUGGUGAUGCAGGCGCUGGUCAUGAAGACACUCGUGUCUUCACAGAGUACGAGCUCGGUGUCUCGUACUCUCCUGAUACGGAUGACGGAUCCGUAUCGACGGCAAUUGAAUCCAAGCCGCCUGCCAAGCGUGGCAUGGACGAUGCUUUGCGUCGCAGCAUCUUUGGUUCAUCUGAUGAGUCAGAUGAACCAUCGCCGAAGCGAAGGCGCUCGAGGUCGCGAGACUCGGGCGCUAAUAGUGGUGUCGUUUCUCCAAUGGACACCACUUCACAGCGAGGUGCCAGUACUUCUGUCGGCACAUCGCAGGAAGAGCGGGACCGCAAUGUGUUGCGUCUCGCUCCUGAGAAGAAGGCAUGGAUGCCUCCAAAAUCCGUCAUGGAUCACUUGUCGGCGACGACGAGUGAUCGUUAUCGAACACGAUUGUUCGAUUCGUCAAGGAUCCAUCACCUUGACCCCAGUGCGAAAAACUAUCGCGCUGAGAAUAAAUUCUUCAUCGAUGCUUUCUUCAAACAUCGAUGGUACAGUGGGAAUCACAAACGUGAUGGUCCCUCACUGCUUCAAGCGUGGAACGCCUACAUCCAUAAUCUCGAGGAUGUAGGUCGUGACGCUUGA